CUUUUUGCUGUAAUUGGGGUUAUUCUUAGUUUCUCGCCUUUAAACACUUAAUUGGAUUAUCUUCGUUGUUGACAGCGACAGGUCAGAACCACCAAUAGCGGAUGGCGUGGGAUCAGCUACGCCGAUUUAACUAAUCUGUCUGACGCCCAAAGGUGCGGUGGAUCCCGGGUGGUAGGUGCGCUACAAAGAAGCCUGAGAAGGACGAACGACCUCGGCCAAACGCGUGGAUUGUAGCCUGCUGCUGUAGGGCUGCUCCCCCACAAUGAUCAUAACACUGCAGGCUCUCCUCGAACAAGGGAGGACAUUUUUGGAUGCACAGAGAGUAAUAAUAGAAGACUUCGCCAUGAACAAAAACAAGAAAGAAAGAGAGUUCUACAGCCUAGAUGUUGGGGAUUCAACGUUUACAGUACUGAAGCGAUACCAGAACCUGAGACCCAUUGGUUCAGGAGCUCAGGGAAUCGUCUGCUCUGCCUAUGACCAAAACCUUGAACGAAAUGUUGCCAUCAAGAAGCUGAGUCGGCCUUUUCAAAAUCAAACCCAUGCCAAGAGGGCGUACAGAGAGCUAGUCCUAAUGAAAUAUGUCAAUCACAAAAAUAUCAUCAGCCUACUAAAUGUAUUCUCUCCACAAAAAACAUUAGAAGAUUUCGCAGAUGUAUACUUGGUGAUGGAGCUGAUGGAUGCUAACCUGUGCCAGGUCAUUCAGAUGGAACUGGACCACGAGAGGCUUUCCUAUCUGCUCUAUCAGACAUUGUGUGGCAUCAAACACCUGCAUGCCGCCGGCAUCAUUCACAGGGACCUGAAGCCCAGUAACAUAGUUGUCAAGUCAGAUUGUACACUGAAGAUUUUGGACUUUGGCUUGGCUCGGACAGCUGCCACGGGCCUCUUGAUGACACCGUAUGUGGUUACACGCUACUACAGAGCACCAGAGGUUAUCCUGGGCAUGGGCUACCAAGCAAAUGUGGACAUAUGGUCUGUGGGCUGCAUACUGGCGGAAAUGGUUCGCCAUAAAAUCCUCUUCCCGGGAAGGGACUACAUCGACCAGUGGAACAAGGUAAUUGAGCAGCUAGGCACUCCAUCUCAGGACUUUCUAAUGAAGCUGAACCAGUCAGUAAGAACAUAUGUAGAAAACAGGCCACGCUAUGCUGGGUACAGCUUUGAGAAACUCUUCCCAGAUGUGCUCUUCCCUGCCGACUCUGAUCACAACAAACUCAAAGCGAGCCAAGCCAGAGAUCUUCUAUCCAAGAUGUUAGUGAUCGAUGCUUCCAAGCGCAUCUCCGUAGAUGAGGCCCUGCAGCACCCCUACAUUAACGUUUGGUACGACCCAGCCGAAGUGGAAGCACCCAUUCCAAAGAUCCUAGAUAAACAACUGGAUGAAAGGGAGCAUACCGUGGAAGAGUGGAAAGUGCUGAUUUAUAAGGAAGUGAGUGAGUGGGAGGAGUUGAAAAGAAAUGGUGUGAUAAGAGGCCAGCCUCCUCCUCUAGGUGCAGCAGUGAUUGACAGCCCCCCCCAACCAACGUCCUCCUCUUCUUCGGCCAACGAUGUCUCGUCCAUGUCCACAGAGCCCACUGACCCCAGCAGUGACCCCACCAUCACCUCUGAAACAGACAGCAGUUUAGACAGCCACACCUCUCUGGGUGCACUGGCCUGCUGCAGAUAACACACGCAUACAAUCCACACACACACACACACACACACACACACACAGACACACACACACACACACACACACACACACACACACACACACACACACACACACACACACACACACACACACACACACACACACACACACACACAAAACAACCAACCUUUCCUCAUCAGUGUGUGAUGGGAGAGGCUUUAGGCCAAUGGAACUUCUCAUGUUAGUUUGUAGAGCUGAGCUUUUAAUGUACAGUUUGUUUUUAUUUCCCCUCCCCCCUAUACUACUGUAAAUGACUGUGGUUUGAAAUUGUAUCAUUAUAACUGUAUUUUUGCUGCAAAGAAGAGAGUAUGUUUUGAUGUGAAUCUGUGAUGUAUGUUUUGGAAGAGAGGGAUUUGAGUGUACUUUACUCAUUGCUGUUUUUUUUUGCUACUGCUACACAGUUGAAACCACAUUGUAAGCACUGCAAUAUUAUGUUGAGUAUAUUUUUUGAAUUGUUCAUUUGGCAUUUUUGUAUUGUUUUGGGACAUGUGAAUGAAUCUACACCAGUUCUCUUUUUUAACAGUAGACUAUAGUGCACUUCAUCUUGAAUCAAAUUGCAGAUGAAUGAUUUAAAAAAAUAUUUUUCCUCAUCUUUCUUGUAGAAAGCGUCCUUUGGUGUAUCCAACUUAUUUCUUAGUAUUACGUCACCUCUGAUUGUGUGCAUCUUGACAAGCAGUCAAAUGGUCUAUUUCCCUGACACUGAAUUUCUUUUUUACUAUAGCAUACUGUUUGACUGUAUUUUAACUUAUUUAGGUAGAUGUAACUUGUAGGUGAUGGUCUGUUGGAUGAGGAACAACAGGGUGAAUGUAAAUGAAUAGCAAUGUGGCGUAGUGAGGAGCCAGUGAUUACUGUUAGCGCUGUAACAAUUUAAUAUAGGCCACUCCACUGGCUAAAAUGAGUUCUGUAUUUGGGGACUGUCACCAGAAACUAAGUUUAAAUCACUUUCGGACAUCGGUCACAGCUGUCUGAUAUUUGACAUGUUUAAUUUAAGUGCCCUUACUCACUUCAAUAAUUUUCAGUCCUCUCCGUUGCAGAUGCUCCUCUCUUCUGUGGUGCGUCUUUCUGAGUUCUACCUCACAUGCACACAUGUUUUUUGAAGAUGCAUUAUGUAUAUCACGGCACACAUCACUGGAAAGAACACAAGAUCCAUAUUUUUUCUUUGUUUGCGUUAUUUAUUUAUUUAUUUCAAGCUAGGAGGCGUCUAUUGUAUGUAAUGUACAUUUAAUUCAGAACUAUUUAUAUGCAUUUUGUUUUAUUUUUUGUUUGUUUUCUGUGCAAUAUACUUCAUAGAUUAAUAUAGUCAGUGAUUGAUCUGUACAUUUGACUGGAAAUGUAUGUUUUCUGAGGGUCAGGAAACUGCUAUUUGCCAUGGUAACCUUUGGAUGUAUAUGAUGGCUCAAAUUCCCAAUCUGUCCCUUUGCUCUUUUCAUAGUUGGGACGCUCCAGGUAGUGACCCCUAGCAUCAUCUCCCAGAAUGCACUUUGGGGAUUGCGACGCAUGUCCUUAUCCCUUUCUAGGCCACAUCUCAACUGACUGUUGUGACUUCCUGUUUUUGUCAUUUUCCUCUUCUCCAUUUCUUCAAAAAUAGAAAAGAUAGAAUAGAAUACGCAUGAGUUUUCUCUGAGCAAAUCUGGCUUUAGUGCAGGUACAUUUAGGGAAAAGAUGGGAAUUCGGCACCACUGGGACGAUGUUGCAGUCUUCUGAUGGGUUGGCCAAAUACUGACAGCGAAGAGCUAACCUGUUGUAGUGUUUAGAUCAGGCCAGUUGUGUAAAGUUAAGCCUUUUGAUCUGAAAUUGCCUCACUAACAGACCAAUUAUAUACAUCAGAAAAGGAAACUGUCUACCUUCAACUCCAACAAAUAAAAGAGUUGAAUUUUUAA